AUGAUAAUAAAUUGCGGGCCUCUGACGGGCUUCACCCAAGCAAGAUAUGUGAUUCACAUGUCCACGGGAAAGCGGAUUGUGUUGUUUCGCCUACCGUCCAUCGACCCUACCAGCUCAAAACCAAACGAGAAGCAAGGAUGGUCCUACUACGCUAUGGAGGCAGAAUGUCCUCAUGCGGGUGGACCGAUGGCAGACUCGCUGAUUGAUAUCGAGGAUUCGGCAUAUGUUGCCAGCUGUCCUUGGCACGCGUAUGAUUUUAACGUGGAGACCGGAGAGUCGAGUGUCGGUAUCAAAGCAUGCACAUAUCCCAUUGACGUCCGUGGUGACGAUGUCAUGCUAGAUUUCCCCGUUGAAGAUAACGCUCAUGUGGAAGUCGCCAAAAUUAGACCCGUGAGCGAGAAAGCCAAGUUGAAGAAUGCGCGACCAUCAGAAAAACCAGUGGCCAAGCAGGAGGAUUCUGGCUUGGCUCGUUACCUGGAUGACAAGGCGACACUGUGCGACUGGGCCGUCCACAUCCUGAAUACUGCUCACCCCGAGCACAAGAUUGAAUUAACCAUCCACCUUUUCACUAUCUUCGCCGAGAGGGAGGCUUCGGACUCACCCAUGGAGCUUGGAAGAGGCACCGUGACUGCACCUGACCAACCGCCCCGUGAACAGAUGAUUGAAGUCCACCCGGGUGCUAUGCCGAGAACCGGAAAAGGAGGCUCAUUGAAGAGCCGAAUUGCCAUGCUUCAUGCGUUGGCCAACAUUGAGCUAUGGGCGAUUGACCUGGCCAUCGAUAUUUGCGUGCGAUUCGCUUCAUUCCAGACCGAGAAGACCUCCCAAGAAUUACCGCGCGCAUACUUCCAUGACUGGCUCAAGGUGGCAGCUGAUGAAGCGAAACACUUCUCUCUGCUGCGCACUCGCCUUGAAGAGAUGGGAUCCCACUUUGGCGCUCUUCCCGUUCAUCACAGCCUUUGGUGGUCCGCGCAGGAGACAGCAUACGAUCUUCGCGCCCGUAUAAGCAUUAUUGCCUUGGUGCACGAGGCCAGAGGUCUGGAUGUCAACCCGAUGACCAUUCAGAAAUUCCGCCUCUCUGGCGAUAAGGAGAGUGUUGAAGCGCUGGAGGUCAUUCAUCACGACGAGAUUACUCAUGUCACUACGGGUCACCGGUGGUUGACCUGGAUCUGCAGCCAGGAGGAAACCGACCCAGUGCAGGUCUUCCGUUCCAUGGUUAAAAAACAUUUCCGAGGACCUAUCAGAGGGCCAUUUAACGAAGAAGCUCGCUUGGAGGCUGGCAUGGACAAAAGAUACUACGAGGAGAUUCCGAUUGUAGCCGCUUCCUAG